UGGGAGAGCUCAGCCUUUGCCGGGGUCAGGGUCAUGUGAGCUGUCGCCGUGGCCCAGGUGGUGCGUGACUGGCGGGCAGCGAAGGGGGUGGCCGAACUCGGGGACUCACCCGCUGCGCCGGGAGGGCUAAGGCAGAGAAUCUCGAUGCUGGCCCAGAGCAGACACUGAGCGGGACUGCGGAGCGUCGGGCACCAGGGGCGAUGGCUCUGCAGCUCUGGGCCCUGACCCUCCUGGGCCUGCUGGGCCCCAGCGCGGGCCUGCGGCCCCGAAAACUGGACUUCUUCCGGAGCGAGACGGAGCUGAACCACCUGGUAGUGGAUGAGGCCUCGGGCGUGGUGUACGUGGGGGCAGUGAACGUGCUCUUCCAGCUGAGUGCCAGCCUCCAGCUGGAGCAGCAGGCGGCCACGGGCCCUGCCCUGGACAACAAGAAGUGCACGCCGCCCAUCGAGGCGAGCCAGUGCCACGAGGCCGUGCAGACGGACAACGUCAACCAGCUGCUGCUGCUCGACCCGCCCGGGAAGCGCCUCAUCGAGUGUGGCAGCCUCUUCAAGGGCAUCUGUGCCCUGCGCGCCCUGAGCAACAUCUCCGUGCGUCUCUUCUAUGAGGACGGCAGCGGCGAGAAGUCCUUCGUGGCCAGCAACGACGCGAGCGUGGCCACGGUGGGCCUGGUGAGCGCCGCCAGCCCUGGCGGCGAGAGGGUUCUGUUCGUGGGCAAGGGCAACGGGCCCCACGACAAUGGCAUCAUCAUCAGCACCCGCCUGCUGGACCGCACGGAGGGCAGGGAGGCCUUCGAGGCCUCCACGGACCACGCCACCUACAAGGCCGGCUACCUGUCCACCAACACGCAGCACUUCGUGGCCGCCUUCGAGGACGGCCUCUACGUCUUCUUCGUCUUCAACCAGCAGGACAAGCACCCGCCCCGAAACCGCACGCUCCUGGCGCGGAUGUGCAAGCAGGACCCCUUCUACUACUCCUACCUGGAGACGGACCUGCAGUGCCUCGACCCCGGGGACCCCCAGGCCCCUGCCUUCGGCACCUGCUUGGCCGCCUCUGUGGCUGGGCCGAGUGCCGGCAGGGUGCUCUACGCAGCCUUCAGCAGGGAUGGCCGGAGUGGCGGGGGACCCCGCACAGGCCUCUGCCUGUUCCCUCUGGACGAGGUCCACGCCAAGAUGGAGGCCAACCGCAACGCCUGCUACACGGGCACCCGGGAGGCGGGCCGCGACACCUUCUACAAGCCCUUCCACGGCGACAUCCAGUGCGGCGGCCAUGGGCCGGGCGCCAGUGAGAGCUUCCCGUGUGGCUCCGAGCACCUGCCUUACCCGCUGGGCAGCAGAGACGGACUCACGGCCACAGCCGUUCUGCAGCGUGGAGGCAUGAACCUGACAGCUGUGACGGUGACCGCGGAGAAUGGCCACACUGUCGCCUUCCUGGGCACCUCAGAUGGCCGGGUCCUCAAGGUGUACCUUGCGCCGGAUGGCAGCUCCGCGGAGUACGGCUCCAUCCUCGUGGAGAUCAACAAGAGGAUCCAGCGCGACCUGGUGCUGUCCGCAGACCUGGCCAGUCUUUAUGCUAUGACCCAGGACAAGGUGUUCCGGCUCCCCGUGCAGGAGUGCUGGAGCUACGCCAGCUGCUCACAGUGCCACAGCUCCCAGGACCCCUACUGCGGCUGGUGCGUCGUCGAGGGACGAUGCACCAGGAGGGCCGAGUGCCCACGGGCCGAGGAGCGCGGCCACUGGCUGUGGAGCCGUGACGAGUCCUGCGUAGCCAUCACCGGGGCCCAGCCGCAGAACAUGAGCCGCCGGGCCCAGGGGGAGGUGCAGCUGACUGUCAGUCCCCUCCCGGCCCUGAGUGAGGACGAUGAACUGCUGUGUCUCUUUGGUGACUCGCCACCACACCCGGCCCGUGUGGAGGGGGAUGCCGUCAUAUGCAACUCCCCGAGUAGCAUCCCUGGCACGCCGCCUGGCCACGACCACGUGGCUGUGAACAUCAAACUGCUCUUCAGACGCGGCGGCAUCUUCCUCACCUCUCACCUGUACCCCUUCUAUGACUGCCGGGAGGCCAUGAGCCUGGCCGAGAACCUGCCGUGCAUCUCCUGCGCGAGCAACCGCUGGACCUGCCAGUGGGACCUGCGCUACCACGAGUGUCGGGAGGCCUCCCCCAACCCCGAGGCUGGCAUCGUCCCUGCCCAGAUGGAGGACAGCUGCCCUCAGUUCCUGAACCCCAGCCCGCUGGUCAUCCCCAUGAACCAUGAGACGGACGUGACCUUCCAGGGGAAGAACCUGGACACGGUGAAGGGUUCCUCUCUGUACGUGGGUAGUGACCUGCUCAAGUUCGAGGAGCCGGUAGGAACACAGGGGCCAGGAGUCUUCCUCUUUCGGACCCCGAAGCUGUCCCAUGACGCCAACGAGACGCUGCCCUUGCACCUGUACGUCAAGUCCUACGGCAAGAAUGUGGACAGCAAGCUCCAGGUCACCCUCUACAACUGCUCCUUUGGCCGGAGCGACUGCAGCCUGUGCCUGGCCGCCGACCCUGCGUACAAGUGUGUGUGGUGCGGCGGGCAGAGCGGGUGCGUGUACGAGGCUCUGUGCAGCAAUGCCACCUCCGAGUGCCCGCCGCCCGUCAUCACCAGGAUCCAUCCUGAAACGGGCCCGCUGGGCGGGGGCGUUCGGGUCACCAUCCUGGGGUCCAAUUUGGGGGUCAGAGCGGAUGACGUCAAGAGGAUCACGGUCGCGGAGCAGAACUGUGCCUUUCAGCCCGAGAGCUACUCUGUGUCCACCCGAAUCGUGUGCACCAUAGAGGCUGCAAGGACGCCCAUCACAGCAGGUGUCAUCGUGGACAUCAACGGGAAGCUGGGUCACUCGCCGCCUCAUGUUCUGUUCACCUACCAGCAGCCUCAGCCCCUCAGCGUGGAACCAAAGCAGGGGCCGCAGGCAGGCGGCACCACGCUGACCAUCAAUGGCACCCACCUCGACACAGGCUCUGAGGAAGACGUGCGGGUGACCCUCAAUGACGUCCCUUGUAAAGUGACGCAGUUUGGGGCUCAGCUGCAGUGUGUCACUGGCCCGCAGGCGGCUCUGGGGGAGCUGCCCCUGGAGAUUUACUAUGGGGGCUCCCGAGUGCCCAGCCCUGGUGUCAUCUUCGCCUACCGCGAGAAUCCGGUACUACGGGCCUUUGAACCUCUGCGAAGCUUCGUCAGCGGUGGCCGCAGCAUCAACGUCACGGGGCAAGGCUUCAGCCUGAUCCAGAGAUUCGCCAUGGUGGUCAUCGCCGAGCCCCUGCAGUCCUGGCGGCGGAGGCGGGAGGCCGGGCCUCUGCAGCCCACAACGGUCGUGGGCACCGAGUACAUGUUCCACAACGACUCCAGAGUGGUCUUCUCCUCCCCGGCGGUCCCCGACGAGCCCGAGGCCUACAACCUCACGGCCCUCAUCCAGAUGGACGGGCACCGCGCCCUGCUCAGGACCGAGGCCGGUGCCUUUGAGUACGUGGCCGACCCCACGUUUGAGAACUUCACGGGGGGUGUCAAGAAGCAGGUCAACAAGCUCAUCCACGCCCGGGGCACUAACCUGAAUAAGGCGAUGACGCUUCACGAGGCCGAGGCCUUUGUGGGCGCCGAGCGCUGCAUCAUGAAGACGCUGACCGAGACAGACCUGUACUGUGAGCCCCCAGAGGUGCAGCCCCCACCCAAGCGGCGGCAGAAGAGGGACACGACACACAACCUGCCUGAGUUCAUUGUGAAGUUUGGCUCCCGAGAGUGGGUGCUGGGCCGUGUGGAGUAUGACACGAGGGUGAGCGACGUGCCGCUCAACCUCAUCCUGCCGCUGGUCAUCGUGCCCAUGGUGGCCGUCAUCGUUGUGUCCGUCUACUGCUACUGGAGGAAGAGCCAACAGGCAGAGCGCGAGUACGAGAAGAUCAAGUCCCAGCUGGAGGGCCUGGAGGAGAGCGUGCGGGACCGCUGUAAGAAGGAGUUCACAGACCUGAUGAUCGAGAUGGAGGACCAGACCAACGAUGUGCACGAGGCGGGCAUCCCUGUGCUGGACUACAAGACCUACACCGACCGCGUCUUCUUCCUGCCCUCCAAGGAUGGCGACAAGGACGUGAUGAUCACGGGCAAGCUGGACAUCCCCGAGUCACGGCGGCCGGUGGUGGAGCAGGCUCUCUACCAGUUCUCCAACCUGCUCAACAGCAAGUCCUUCCUGGUCACGUUCAUCCACACCCUGGAGAGCCAGCGCGAGUUCUCGGCCCGCGCCAAGGUCUACUUUGCGUCUCUGCUGACGGUGGCGCUGCACGGGAAGCUGGAGUAUUACACGGACAUCAUGCGCACGCUCUUCCUGGAGCUCAUGGAGCAGUACGUGGUGGCCAAGAACCCCAAGCUGAUGCUGCGCAGGUCCGAGACGGUGGUGGAAAGGAUGCUGUCCAAUUGGAUGUCCAUCUGCCUAUACCAGUACCUCAAGGACAGUGCCGGCGAGCCGCUGUACAAGCUUUUCAAGGCCAUCAAGCAUCAGGUGGAGAAGGGGCCCGUGGACGCUGUGCAGAAGAAGGCCAAAUACACCCUCAAUGACACAGGGCUGCUGGGGGAUGACGUGGAGUAUGCACCCCUGACGGUGAGCGUGAUCGUGCAGGACGAAGGCACCGACGCUGUCCCGGUGAAGGUUCUCAACUGCGACACCAUCUCCCAGGUCAAGGAGAAGAUCAUCGACCAGGUGUACCGCACACAGCCUUGCUCCCGCUGGCCGAAGGCUGACAGUGUGGUCCUCGAGUGGCGUCCUGGGUCCACAGCCCAGAUCCUGUCAGACCUGGACCUGACCUCUCAGCGGGAGGGCCGGUGGAAGCGUGUCAACACCCUCAUGCACUACAACGUCCGGGAUGGAGCCACGCUCAUCCUGUCUACGGUAGGAGUCUCCCAACAGCCUGAGGACAGCCAGCCGGAUCUGCCCGGAGAGCGCCACGCCCUCCUGGAGGAGGAGAACCGCGUGUGGCACCUGGUGCGGCCAGCGGACGAGGUAGACGAGGGCAAGUCCAAGCGGGGCAGCGUGAAGGAGAAGGAGCGCACCAAGGCCAUCACUGAGAUCUACUUGACGCGCCUGCUCUCUGUCAAGGGCACGCUGCAGCAGUUUGUGGACAACUUCUUCCAGAGCGUUCUGGCGCCCGGGCACGCAGUGCCUCCAGCUGUAAAGUAUUUCUUCGACUUCCUGGACGAGCAGGCGGAGAAACAUGACAUCAAGGAUGAGGACACCAUCCACAUCUGGAAGACCAACAGUUUGCCACUCCGGUUCUGGGUGAACAUUCUCAAGAACCCUCAUUUCAUCUUUGACGUGCACGUUCAUGAGGUGGUGGACGCCUCCCUGUCAGUCAUCGCGCAGACCUUCAUGGACGCCUGCACACGCACAGAGCACAAGCUGAGCCGCGACUCGCCCAGCAACAAGCUCCUCUAUGCCAAGGAGAUCUCCACCUACAAGAAGAUGGUGGAGGAUUACUACAAGGGCAUCAGGCAGAUGGUGCAGGUCAGCGACCAGGACAUGAACACGCACUUGGCAGAGAUUUCUCGGGCACACACAGACUCCCUGAACACCCUGGUGGCCCUGCACCAGCUCUACCAGUACACACAGAAGUACUAUGACGAGAUCAUCAACGCCCUGGAGGAGGACCCUGCCGCCCAGAAGAUGCAGCUGGCUUUCCGCCUCCAGCAGAUCGCAGCUGCACUUGAGAACAAGGUCACAGACCUCUGACCUCUGCCACCACUGACUCUGGGCACAGGUGCGUGAUGCCCCGUGCCAGGCGUUGGGCAGCUCCUGAAAAAUGAGGCCGAGUGGUGAGGCCCUUACCCUUCACCAGCAGAGGAAGAGCCCAGGGCAUCCGCGUGUGCGUGCAGCGGGGGAGCCCCAACCUCCGCGUCCGUAGCAUCUGUCUCCUGAGCAAUAGUGCCGGCGCCCGCCAGCGCCCGCUCCCGCAGAGCCAGCACGUGUUGUCCGUGACACGUCUCCGCGCGAUUCGCAAAUGUGCCUUAUGCCCCUGGCGCCGCGCCGGGUCGCUGGGGGCAGUCGGGCCUCAGCUCCCCCUGCCUGAGCACCAGCAGCCACCUCAGAUCCCUGGGUUUGGCCUCUUCGGGUGGGGUCUGCUUGCCUGCGGCCCCCAGGGCCUCGCGCCCAGACUGUCUGCCCCGCCGGGACCGGAGGAGAUCAGCGGUACGAAGCCUUCCUGACCUCACGCGGCCUGCCCUGCGGGGCGCUGGCACUCCGGGUGGACUCCGUGCUCUGGGCCCCACCUCAAAGGUCAAGCUGGACGUCAGACGUCGGGGCCCAGGUGGCCAGAGGAGACCCAGAAGACUGGGCCGUCUUGGAGGCCCUGCCCAGGUCUGAGGGGUCCAGCAGCAGCUCCGCUGGGGCCACCCUCGCCCCUCCCCUUUUGUAAAUCUUGUUAAUUGUAAAUCAAAUAUAGCUGUCUUUUUCACUCUG